UUCCAAUCAAGGAAGGAACCUCAUUUUAUUCUGAAUGUGUUAGUUUUGACCCUCUUCACCCUGAAAUUUUCACUAUCAAAUAUAUUUGGAAGGCGGGUCUUCUUUCCUCAUUUAACAUUUAUUUCAUACACAGAGAAUAGUAGUGUGGGUGUGGGAUUCAGAUUUUGAAAUGAAGCGUGGACUCUGAGUGGCCCCUUGUCCUUGUGAAAGUGCACUGGUCUAGAUGGCGGCAGUUGGACCCCAGAGUGUGGCACGUGUUCCUGUGUUCAUUUGAACAUUCUCUGAUGACCUAUCGCUGAGGUCAUGUGAUGAUGCGUAUCCUGUCUUCCACCCCAACUGCCACUGUGUUUCAACUGCCGCUGGCUGUGUUUCAACUGCCGCUGUGUUGGAACUGCCAGCUAGACUACUCACCAAAAUGGGAGGCAGCCUCUGCUGCUGUGGUGAACGUGAAGAGAAUUACUUGGAUCAACUGGAAUUCACGCACAGAUUCCGAUCAGAUAUGUGCUCUGAUCCUAGUUUGCCUCCUGAAGGACAGCGACGUAGAGGCUUCUUCUACCGCCAGAAUUGGCGGUUUCCCUCGCUGGAUUCUUGGGACCUGAUCCAGGCAGCACACUCGACACACUCAGCGAUUCAGCUCUACUGUACGUACUCUGGGAUCUCCCAUUUGAUAAGGAAAAAUCUUAGUGUUGAGAAAGUGGCAAGAGAUCCCCUCUUGAGGAGACUUCUCAGGAACACCAGAGAUGAUAGUGACACACGACAACUGAAGGCAGAGGAACAGGCUGAGGAGAAAGGUUUCAAGCCUGUGGCAGCAGAGCUUCCUGGGACGGAGUCCUCAGAGCAAGUCAUUGCCGUUUUCGAACAACUGAAGAAAAGACCUGUGCACACAGGACACAGCAUGGUCUGCGGCUCACAGUGUUUUCCUUUCUGUCUGCAGAGGGACUCGGCACUUGGGGCAAGUGGUUCCAUGGAGGAUCCCGUGGAAGAAUUCAUAUAUGAAUCAGAUGAGGAUGCCCCAAGACCAUUGAAGAUACCAACAAGCCCUCUCCUGGCACCUGCAGAAAAAGUGGAGAAAAACACUGAAGAGGCAGAAACAAAACCUAGUGAGCUGAAGGAUGAGGCUGCUGAAGAGCCUGAGCUGACCUGUUGUGGCCUUUGUACUUACGCUGGAAAUCCCUAAAGGUUCUUCCAGAAGGGCCGCCACCCCGUCGAUUUCCCUCGUCCAUUGAGCCUCUGGUGCGUGCGAGUUUUGGAGAACCCCCUUCCUCUGUAUUUUGACUUUCCUGGAUGUAUUUAAAAAUACUCUUUAACCUGUUUAAGACACAAGAUGUGAUUGUGUCAGCUUAUAUUUUAUUGCUGAAGUAAAUUUUCAAACAUUU